UGCGCAGGCGCCGGGGAGGAGGGGCGGGAGGAGCGGCGGCAACGGCAACGGCAACGGCAACAAAGAGGAACCCAAACAAAGCCGCACGCGCGUGCGCGUCGCGACGCCACGCCGCCCCCCGCCAUGCGCCGCCGCGGUUGCGGGGCGCGAGGCGGAUAACCGCCACUGCCGCGGCGGCGCGGGCGCCAUGAGCCGAGGCGCGACCACCACCACCACCGCGGGGGGGCUGCCGCUGCUGGAGCAGGAGGCGGCGGCGAAGGCGAAGGAGAGGACGGCGCCCCUCCCGCUCGACCCCUGCGAGAGUGGAGAGGGGUCUCGCUCGCCACCCCCCCGCCACAGGAGGUUUUGACUGUUUCUUCUGUGGCGUCUGUGUGGAAAGUGCCACACACACUCCAGAACAACAACGGCUUUUGCUUGUAUUUUCCAGUGUUUCUUUUGUCAGCAAGUUCAGCAAAGUUGUAAUUCAAGUGCCAGCCCUGAUCAGAGUGAGGAACCGGUAACAGAGAUGGUAAAAAUGACAAAAUCCAAAACGUUCCAGGCUUACCUGCCAAACUGUCAUCGGACCUACAGCUGUAUCCACUGCAGAGCCCAUCUAGCCAAUCAUGAUGAACUAAUUUCCAAGUCCUUUCAGGGAAGCCAGGGACGGGCCUACCUCUUUAAUUCAGUGGUAAACGUGGGCUGUGGCCCUGCAGAAGAGAGAGUUCUUCUGACAGGCUUGCAUGCGGUUGCGGAUAUUUAUUGUGAAAACUGCAAAACCACUCUUGGAUGGAAAUACGAACAUGCAUUUGAGAGCAGUCAGAAAUACAAAGAAGGAAAAUUCAUCAUUGAACUUGCCCACAUGAUCAAAGACAAUGGCUGGGAGUAGACUGGAAUGUUUCUCAAUUCUUUAUGGACAAUUAAUCUGUGGAACAUGCUUUAUAAAGACUAAUGCAAAAAGGAUUUUGGUUGAGGUGGCUGAGAAGAAUCACUGAAUCUUUGAAACCUCCAAACUAAGUAGUGUAAUUUUGUGGCUUUUUUCAGGCCAUGAUUUGCCCCCCUCCCCCCUCUUGUGUAAGUUCCCCUCUUUUGUACCUCUAUCCCUGUGUGAACAGUUGUUUUGGAUGGACUUUUUCUAAAAUUCUAGAGGAAUAACUUCCUAACUUCAAAUUACUCUUACUGGCUAGCAUCUUUCUCUUUGACCUCUGCCUUUCAACGCUCUCCUCUACUGUGCAUGCUUUUUGCCCACCUGCCCCCAGAGUCUCGCAGGAGGCUUGCGUGAACAGUCCUGGAGAGAAUGUAUGAGAUGGGUGUCUCUUUUACCAUACAAAGCAAUUUCUGUGGUCUUUUUGCUGUGAAAAGGGCAUGGUAUUGUAGUGGCCAUUAUUACUCCUACAAAUGGACGUGCAUCACAAUCUGUGUGCGUCUUUUGCCUGGAUGGGUUAAAGGUUCAGUCAGUUGUACUGAUUGAAGUUAGUAAAGUCUUUUGUCUUUUUUUACUUAGAGGGGUUUGGACAAUAACUUACGAGAAUGAUUUAGACAGUAAUACUGUAGAAUAUAUGAAACCUAAAUCAAUACAUUCCUAAGAAAGUUAAACUUUGGUCUUGAAGGAAUAUUUUCUAACAAGUAGAACUUUAAGAUCAAAGGACGCAAAUAUAUGCAGCUUUUAUUUUUAAGAUGUCGGCGUAAAAUCUUCUUGAACAGGGACUUGUACAUCUGUUGAAGUUCUGUGGCUGGUUCCAUGUAGCUACACAGUUUUAAUGCAUUGGGCAAAGAGGUUGAUAUCAGUGAAGUAUUCUGCUGUUGCAGUACUGAAACACAAAUCGUCAUCUUUGACAUGAAAAGUGGCCAGAACCUAUAAGCUACCUUACCUGUGGGAGAUUGGAAGCAGGUGAGAAAGUGGCAAACUGAGUUGGUUCCUUCAUUUGAAAGGAGGGGGGAAGGGAAGCAAAAUAGUUUUAAAGGGGGUGUUUGAUUUGCUGGUUGAAUCAUCCCUAAGCACAUUUUUGUAAUCUACAGUUAUGUAAAAGAAACAUCAUCUUGUAGUUUUCUCCAGCUGCUGCUGUUAAGUGGGGUGACUCACUCAGUCACAUCCAUGAUGUAUGUCUGUGUGUGUGUGCGCGUGUGCAAAGUUCGCUUAAGGGGAACUUUGGUGCAUACUAUUUUUCAAGAGAUUUGAAUAAUUUUAAUGUUAUGGGUUGUUUUUUCUUGCAUUAAUCUCUGUUUUGGAGGAAAAAAUUGUGGGAGAACAUUUUACAGUAACACUACAUAAUUGUUGACAGCAUGAAUAACAUGGAAAGCCUUGUGGUGGAAACUCUGUUCCUUUCUAAUACGAUACUUUUAUAUGGCGUUACAAAGCUUUGUGUUGUCUCUCCUUGGUGGCUGCUGCUAACAUCUUCUGAUGGGCUUUCAAAUCUCUACUGCACUUUACCUAUACGUGUCAUGUAAGUAGGAGUACUCUUUCUCUAAAGAUAGAUCCCUCCCCCCUUUUCCUAGUUGAGGAAUUAUUUCCCAAGUAAACCAUCUGCGAAGUUGUGUGAUUACACUGUGAUGCAAAAAGGAUAUUGAAUAUACCUAUUUAAAUGUAUAUAGUUACCUCCUAGGCAUUCAGAUCCAAAGAGCUGUAUUUGUGACAGCUAGAUUCAAUUUUUCUCUUUUUUUGCUGAAUGACCUUUUAAUUCUGGUGCUUUAUUUAAUAUGAAUGAGUUUAGAUCUAUGACUCUUCAGAAUAGUACUUGACCUAAAGUGUACUGGAAGCAGGAUUUGCCUUGCUUUCCUUCCAGACAGUAGCAACUUCAGAAAAUAUAGAGCCAUGGAAGGAACUUGACAGUUCUCCAGAUCCUUCCAAAUGAGAAGGCUUGCUUUGUGGCAGCAGGUUUAGCACUUGUGCUCUGGAUGCUGAUCACACCUGUUGGAUUAGCAUGGGAACUAGUGCAGGCAGGCAUGGUUUGUUCCGUGGGGUUUUGGCACUCACAGAUAUCUGUCUGGUAGUGUCCUAAGUAGGUACCAGUUGCUCAAACCGAGUAUAUCCCUAUAAAUUGGGGAGUCUCAAACUGGGGUCUCCAGAUGUUCUAGGACUUCAACUCCCAUAAUCCUCAGCCCCAGUGGCCUUUGGUUGGGGAUUAUGGGAGUUGAAGUCCAACAACAUCUGGGGACCCAAGGUUGAGAACCCCUGCUUCCCUCCCAUGCAGUUUCCACGACUAUCAAUGAAAGUACCACAACUGUAGGCAGGAAGGCAUUUUUGUUAGCUCAUACUGCUAGCUCUAACCAGUACCGUGUCUGCAAGUGUACUAGAAGCAUAUCUCCUUCUCUGUAGCAUGGCUUCUCACUUGAAGAAUUUCUCUCGCCUAGUACUGUAGUAGUCAGGGUACAGAUUUUAAGGAUUUGGAGUUGGGGAGGCCGAGAACUUGGGGAGGAAGUAUUUUGAGAGUAGUUCAACCUCUUUAUCAGUGCAUUAUUUGUAUUACAAAUGGAAAUCGCUUAGGGCCAAACUGCAUGGUGCAUGUCUUUAAAGUUGAAAACCCACUUCAGGUAAUGGAGAGUGGAAAAGCAGCAAGGGGAGAGGGCUGCUUAACCCUUUCCCCGCCUUCCUUAUGAUCAGUCAGGUUUCCCCCCUGCAAGGUUUCAAAAGAUGCAGUUUGCCUUUCCAAGAAUGCAUUUGAAACCAGUUGGGGGCAAAGUGAGAGAUCUGGAGGACUGCAAAGGUCAAGCCCUCUCCUUUUAUGCCAUGCCGUUUCCUUUUUCUCUUGCUGCUCUCCCAAUUGAUUUUUUUAACCAGAAACAGGCUAUGUGGCUAGCACUGUGUGCUUUAGCUUGUAAUGUGUCGUUUCGCCCUCUGAAUUAAUGAAUGUGGUGUCUUCACCAAAACCUUGCAUUAACCUGUAUGCCCCCCAAUGGAGAUUUAAAAAUAAAUAAAUAAAUAGUUGGCACGUGGAGUAUCCAAUUGCGGGUAAAAAUUCAAUGCAAGUUGUACGGCAUUUAAGAAUACCAAAUAGAGCAAUAUUUUUUAUGGAUUUUGAAAAGGGGAUAGGAGAAGAGUAGAGAAUUUUAAAUCUAAAACUGAUACCAUCGGUAUCAAGUAGCAUUCCAUAUUAUUGUAUUUGGGAGGAAGUGAAUUUAGCAUAACCAGCUGCUUCAGUUUGGACAGUUGGGUUGAAAGAAGAAUCUAGAUUCUGAUGGAUGUUGGUUGAUAGAUAAAGAUCAGUCUGGCUACUGAACUUUCCAGCAUUACAUAAAAACAUAAUACUUGAAGAACAUUUUACAAAACAUUUUCCCUCUAACCAUUUUUGUAAUGUAUUCUAUUUAAGGUUUGUGUGUUCUUUCUGGGCAAGUGAACACUUCCCCUCUGACUUGAGCACUUUUGUUACCUGUUGUUUUUAUUACUGUUGGUCUUAACAUUUAUUUUAUAAAUAUAUAUAUAUCUAUAUAUAUUUUAUAAACCGUAACAGUUUUUUGUGAGCAUCUGUGUGUGUGAGAUCUCCUAGGUUUUGUUUCUUUUGGGACUAGAUGAACUGCCUACACAAGCUGGAUCUUGGGAAGAAUGUUCAUUGGCACAUACAGGAAUGUGCUGGCAAAAGUGUAUGUGUACUGAAGUGUUUUUCUUUGAACUCGAUAGCCAUGGUUCUCAUAAAAAUAACCACACAAUAUGAUAUGACUGGGGGUUAACGGAGAGGUUAUAAAAGGCCAUCUAGCCCUGUGUGGCCACAUUGGCAGGCACUGCACAAACCCAGCAUGUAAAUAAACCAGGAAGCUGCAGCGGUCACAUGACACGCUGGAUCGUACCUUCCUCCAUGCCAGGAUGCCCUGCGUGGCGGACUUUGGUGCAUCUGAACCAGCCCCGGUUGCCACCUGUGUUUCCUUUUCCAGCUCCUAUGGCACAAGCAGACCCGUGUGAAGAACUCAUGUCAUGUGGCAGUUCUUUCUCUGAUCGCUAUGGAUGCCUUUUUUAAACCAUUGGACGGAAAUGCUAGUACACUUCCAGGAUAUAUUAUGUGGUAUCAGUCACCAGUUGUUCCCAAUGAGGGCUUGCUUUUCAGCAACACCAGUUCUGUUGUGUAUAUGGAGUUGACUUGCUGUGCUCCUGCCAUGAAUCCAUGACUUAACCCACAGCACCUCGCUCGCCUCCGCUUGUGAUAGGAAGGUGCUAUAAAGUGUGUGUUCUUUUUUCCUUUUGGCCAAAGUUUGUUUAUCCUUUAUAAAGACAAUGUGAAUUUUAAGCUGUGGCAUGUCAAAAUUACCAUUGUUCCUCUAAACUGCUUAACAUGCCUGAAUCUUAUCUAAGUAGAACCAUGUGACAAAUACAGUUAUUGAAAUGUCAGCUGAAAUCAGACCUCAAAGUAACUGUUUCCCCCUCUCGGUGGGGGGGAAAUGGAAAUCCAUAUUGAUCAUUAAUAUGAAUGUCAGCAUGAACCGGGGUACGCCAUUUUGAUUACUAGUGCAUUUGAAAUAGGAGAUUUACAAAAUACUUUUUCAAAUGCUUCAUUCUUCUGCAAUGGUAAUUUAGGUUGACGUAUCCAGAUAGCCACAUUUUUAAAUAUCCACCUUGUAUAAUGGAGUGAGAAUGGAAGCAAGCAUUCAAGUUAAUGGUUUGAUCGCACCAUGUACUGUUCCCCAUUGGUAUGAACCAACCAGUUGUGUGUGUUGUCAAGAACAGGGGUUUCUGAGAAACUUGGGGUUGCAUACAUGGGUCAUCGGUGGCAGUUGACUUGUGCCUCAUUGCUGGAACACUUUUGACAUGCUUUCUUUUGCAGCUGAUGUGGCUUCUUUAUGGUUUUUGUCUUGGCGAUACUGUACUCAAUUUGUUGUUUCACUUUAUUGUAUCUAUUUGAGAUAUCAUAAUAAAAGCUUUUGGUUGUUUUGUUGA